AUGACCGCACCGGCACCCCAUUCCACAUUCAGUCGAGGCUACCCCUGGGAUAGCCCACGGACUCUCGCAGAACAUGCGCCUCGCCGGGCAGAGAAGAUUGCUCUUCCCUCGAUCCGACAGGCAUUCCCCGAGCUCCAGCUUAGGAUUCCUUCCCCGCAGGAUUCUCUAGCUAGAACUCCGUCGGCUACAACCUCACCGACGACAGCACUUUCUAAUGCCUUUACACCACCAGAAUAUGUCCACUCUCCUAAUUCUAACAAUAACAAGCGCAGGCGGUACUCCAUCGAUGAUGCAGCAAGCGGCGAAAGAGUGAACAGGGUGCCUCGGCUCUAUUCAACGCAGUCUUCUGUCCCAGCAGGGCGACAGCCAUCACCUACGAUGACACCAUGGACGCCAGCCUCAGACAGCUGGGGUGGCUCGGCUAAGACGAGCCCAUUUCUCCCCAGCAGAGCAAUGCCAGCUCUCCAAUCUCCUCUAGUCCUUGAGGGCGCCGACAGGUCAAGAGACAGGAGGCCAGCGCUGCCCAACUUAGGAUUGCCUCACAUCACCUACGAGAGGGAUUCCCAACCCAUUCCUCGCGUCGCAGUUCACCACUCGCAAGCAACGGACGACUACCCGCCGCCUCCUAGGCAGACUCCUCUUUCUGCAGGCCCCGUGAUUGACGGCCCGCCGACGCAAUUCCGUCACAACCCCUUCAGCUAUCAACAGUACCACCAUCCUUCGAGGGUGCAAUCUCUCUCCGUCGGCUCAGUCCACCCCUUUGACAGAGUCCCUUACACACCGGCCGGUUACCAUCCCCACCACUAUCAUGACUUCGUGAGGUACGGUGAUGUGGGCCAUUCAGGCAUGGCCGGGGAUACCAAACAGCGGAAACGCCGCGGAAACCUCCCCAAGGAGACGACGGACAAGCUGCGGGCCUGGUUUGUGGCUCACCUCCACCACCCAUACCCAACUGAAGAUGAAAAGCAGGAGCUCAUGAGACAGACAGGUCUUCAAAUGAAUCAAAUCUCAAACUGGUUCAUUAAUGCUCGAAGACGGCAACUGCCUACCAUGAUCAACAACGCCCGUGCCGAAUCCGACGCGGCAAACUCAGCUCGCAGAGCCAACGAGAACAAGCCUCCUGUGACAGCAGCCCCGCUAAGUGAUGGAGAGUCGAGCUCCUUCGACGACGACCUCAGAAUAAAGCGUCAACGUAGCGGCCAUUUCAAACGUGGGAGCAUUUAA